CCAAGGAAAAGGACCGGCUCCCAGCUACUUCUAGCCCUCCACGCUUUCAUCUCCUUAUUUUCUCAUUCCACCCAUCUCUUCUCUAAGGACUGAUCCCUCUUCCUUUCCCUCUUUUUCUCCUUCCUUUCUUUAUUUUUAAACCUUUCUUAUAAACACGGGUUUUUAAUUCUGAAAGACUCAUCGGAGCAUCUCCUCCUGGAAUGUCAUUUGCGACGCCAAGGUUUCGGAAAAAACUGUGCCAACGAUUCCUCCAAGAUGAUGCUUAGCCCAGACCAGGCCCUGGACUCGGACCACCCUUCCUCGGCACCCUCGGACCCAGAAUCCUUGGAGGCCAAGGGGCUGCGGAGCUGCUGUGCCUCAGAUUUGGAGGCGCCUGACGGGGAGGGCCCAGGAGGAGGAGGAGGAAGGCUGGUGCCGCACCCGCACCCUCAGCAACCACUGAGCCGUGAGGAGAAACGUCGGCGCCGUCGAGCCACAGCCAAGUACCGCUCAGCCCACGCCACACGGGAACGGAUCCGCGUGGAGGCCUUCAACCUGGCCUUUGCUGAGCUCCGCAAGCUCCUGCCCACUCUCCCACCAGACAAGAAGCUCUCCAAGAUCGAGAUCCUCCGCCUGGCCAUCUGCUACAUCUCCUAUCUCAACCACGUCCUUGAUGUCUAGACGGGGAGCUGGAAGGGGGAAGCCCUGAGCACUGGGUCUCCUCUGCCUCUCCAGGCACUGCUGCCAGCUUUUUGGCUUUCCUGAUCCUACCUGAGUCGGGUGGCCGUAUUGCAUCGUCUCAAUUUCAGGGAAGCAACUGACAGCAGAUCGCAUUGCAUCACCCAGCUUUCAAGGAAGCACCUGACAACAGAUCGCAUUGCAUCACCCUGCUUUCAGGAAAGCACCUGAUGGCAGAUCACAUUGCAUCACCCUGCUUUCAGGGAAGCAUCUGAUGGCAGAUCGCAUUGCAUCAACCAGCUUUCAAGGCAGCAUCCGAUGGCAGACCACAUUGCAUCACUCUGCUUUCAGGGAAGCACCUGAUGGCAGAUUGCAUCGUAUCACCCUGCUUUCAUGGAAACAUCUAACAGCAGAUCGUAUUGCAUCACCCUGCUUUCAGGGAAGCACCUGAAAGCAGAUCACAUUGCAUCGCCCUGCUUUCACAGAAACAUCUGACAGCAGACUGCACUGCUUCGACCAACUUUCAAGGAAGCACCUGACGGCAGACUGCAGUGCAUCACCUAGCUUUCAGGGAAGCACCUGAUAGCAGGCUGCAUUGCAUUGCCCUGAUUUCAGUGAAGCACCUGAUGGCAGAUUGCAUUGCAUUGCCCCACUUUCAGGGAAGCACCUAAUGGCAGGCCUUGUUGCAUUACCCUGCUUUCAGGGAAGCACCUGAUGGCAGACCAGCAGGUGAUUCCUUGGCUUUAAGCUCGUGCCUUAAAGGGCUUUUUGGACCCGGGCCCUUCAACAAGAGACAGAAACUGGACAUGGGGGUCUCCCUUAUCCCAGUGGGUUGCCCAAGGGGGCCACCACCUCCAAGAAGAGACCUAGACUUCACUGCAGACAUAAUCCUGUUUGGCAUUGCUUUAACUGCCACAGCUCCAUGCUAUGGAAUUCUGGAAA